UGCUGUUUGAAUCUCACACGUUUUGCUUCCAAGACAAAUCUCUUCAGACGACAAGAUGAUUCCCGCAGCUUCAAGACAUGUCGCUCGUUCGGCAAGGCAGCAAUGCCGUGCCUUCAGCUCCACACGUUCAGUUGGCGCGGCCGCCGAAGUGAGGAAGCUUGGUGUCAUUGGAGCUGGCCAAAUGGGUCUCGGAAUAGCCCUCGUGGCAGCGCAGAGAGCUAAAGUGCCCGUCAAGCUGAUUGACAGCUCACAAGCCUCGAUCGAUAAGGGCCUCAAAUUUGCCGAGAAGCUGCUCGCAAAGGACGUUGGAAAGGGAAGAUUGUCACAGGAAGAUGCAGAUACCGCUCGCGGAAGACUCACCACCAGCACACAACUUGAGGAUCUCUCAGAUGUCGACUUCGUCAUUGAGGCCGUUCCCGAGAUCCCAGACCUGAAGAGCAAGAUUUUCUGGCAGCUAGCUCAGAUCUGUCCGCCUCACGCUAUUCUCGCAACCAACACAUCCUCUAUUUCGAUUACAAAGAUCGCUGCCAGCACAUCUAAGGAUCCCACCGACCUGUCUGCCUCCUCUCGUGUGAUCAGCACACACUUUAUGAACCCCGUCCCUAUUCAGAAAGGCGUUGAGAUUAUCACCGGCCUUCAGACUUCCCAAGACACCAUUGAUACCGCGAUCGCCUUCUGUGAGAAGAUGGGCAAGAUUGCUUCGCAGUCAGCCGACUCUCCAGGCUUCCUCGCAAACCGCAUCCUUAUGCCGUAUAUCAACGAGGCCAUCAUCUGUUUGGAGACUGGUGUAGGGAAGAAGGAGGAUAUUGAUAGCAUCAUGAAGAACGGCACAAACGUCCCAAUGGGCCCAUUGCAGCUUGCUGACUUCAUUGGCAUCGACACAUGUUUGGCAAUCAUGCAAGUCCUGUACAACGAUACUGGCGAUUCAAAGUACAGGCCCGCAGUCUUGUUAAAGAAGAUGGUGGACGCAGGGUGGUUGGGCAAGAAGAGUGGAAAGGGUUUCUACGAUUACUAGAAGAUACUUAGUACCCGUGAUGAUGAAAGUAGAUAGAUGGCUCUGCAAAAGAAUGCAAUCCUAGAUUUCGAAGAA